AUGGCUCCCCGCAAGACGCUUUUGGCGCCGAUCCACUUUAUUUUCAGUCUCCUCCAGAAGCGCAACACAGUUUCAAUCUGGCUGUAUGAGCAGUUGGCCUUCCGCAUUGAGGGCAAGAUUCGGGGUUUCGAUGAAUUCAUGAACCUCGUCAUCGACGAAGCGGUCGAGGUGCGCCAGGCUACAAAGACAGAGGAGGAGAAGCGGAGGCCGCUUGGCCAAAUCCUGCUCAAGGGUGACAACGUGUCGCUGAUCCAGGCCGUUUGA